AUGGAUUCUGUAACGAGCACAGAGAAUGUUUGCAUGGACAUUAAAAUGACCCAAGAAAAUAUUCUGCUUGAGAUUAUCAGGGAAGUUUGUAGUGAAAAUAAUAAAUUGCCAGACAAACUGAAAGGCAAAGUGAACCGGAUCAUUGCGGACUGUGAUCUGUCGUAUUACUCGAGCCUGCACAAGCUCAGCACUGGAGAUGAAAGCACUGCUACUGUUCUGGGGUUCAUGCACCAGUCCGCAGCGGAGCUAACAUUUGAUGAACAGUCUGAAUUUAACCAGGCAGUUCUUCAAAAGAUACAAACAAAGUUGCCAGCCUUUACUGCAGAGCUCGAACAUCUUAAACAGUCAACUAGCACCACUAAGCCACUGAAGGAUGAGAAGAAGGAACUUCAGAAUAGUAUUGAUAAUAAACUGAGCACUCUUGAAGAACAGGAGAGUGAGAAAGUGGAGCUGAUGAUGGAGUGGCUGAAUCAUAGGCUGCGGGAUGUUACCAAGUUCAGUCAUGAUUCAAGUGAGCUGCUGACUCUGAAGACUAAGAUCUUGGAUUUGAAGUCAAAGAUUCUCCACCUACAAAUUCUGCAGAACAUAUUCACUGAAACGAAUCAGUCGAUCAAGGCAUACAGUGAAAUACACAAGGACAUGAAAGAUUCCAUUAAGGAGACUGAGCAGAGGAUCAAACACUUCAGGAGUAUUAUUGAUAGUGAUGGCAAUUAA